GUAAAAGUGAUUGUAGUGAUGCGGAACCCCAAAGACGUGGUGGUCUCCUUUUACCACUUUCUAAAGACCACGGAAAAGGAGUUCGGCAGUAUUGGUCUGAAAAGUCUGGAAUCUUGGGACGCAUAUGCAGCCGACUUUCUGGAAGGAAAAUGUCUGUAUGGAGACUUCUACGACCACGCCCUCGGUUGGUGGCGGAUGAAGAAUGACCGGCACUUCCUCUUCCUCACGUAUGAAGAUAUGAAGAAGGACCUGCGCAGUAUGGUCGGUGAUGUCGCAGCCUUCUUGGAAACUAGCUUAGACCAAGCCACUGUGGACAGCAUUGUCGAGUCGUGCACCUUCAACACGUUGAAGGCAGCUUGGGGCAGUUCAGAUAAUGCUAUGAAAAAGCACAUCUGCAGAAAAGGUGUCAUUGGUGACUGGAAAACCAUGUUCACGCCGGAGCAAAAUGAAGCUUAUGAUGCUAAACACAAGCUGAGGCUGGAGGGGACUGGUCUGGAGUUUGAUUUUGAGUAGUACUAUUAUGUAACCUGUGUGUAAAGGUGGCGGAAAACUUGUUUUUUUACGUAGAAAGAAUUUUACGCAGAUUUCUAUCUCAGAAUUCUAUAAUUUUUUACGCAGAAUUCUAUUUCUAUUUUUUUCCGUUUACAGGCAAAAAGAAGACUGUUCUCCUCUCAUAGCACGCACUGAAGUUGGAUCUUAAAUGAAUAUUCAUAACUAACGAGCUAAGAUUUAGAGUUAACGUUUUGAUCAAUACGUUAUCGUAUGCCAAAAUGUUAUUCAUUGUUAAGUAGUCGUAGUCUUUUUCCUGUUUAUCCCACAGCUAAGAAUUGGUAUUCGUAUGAAAUACGUUCAGUCUAUAUAUGGACCAAGAGAGAUACUCAAGAAGUUAUAAAUGGUUAUCAGAAUAUGCUACAUGCAGGUACAUGUGGGCCAUAGGAUCAGUUGAGUCUGAAAUUCAUGACUUGCCUAAGAACAGUAUGUGCCUAUCAGCCAUUGGGGUAGGGAGGUGGUUUGGACGGGACAAUAGAAAUAUAAAGUAUAUGGUUCAAUUCUUUAAAAAAUGGUCUAAUUCUAGUUCACGAGGUCGUCUUUAGUACCAGGUCUCUUAUCUUUUAUUCAUGACUCGUUUACUUAGUAGGAAUAGCAAUGGUUGCUAACCCUGUCAUACGCGACACUCUGCUACGUAGACAUUCCAGACAAUACGGGUUGAAGUGCUUAUGAUAUAUCGCUAUAAACGCAAAGGACUAACAGACAGCAGUCUUGUUUCCGUUAAUUACACUAGUCACUACCUACAGGUCGUUCACCGUCGUGACGUCAUCUAACGCGGUUGUGGGCACAAGCAAGUUACUUAGUCAUGAGACCAGCUAUUUGGAUCAUUGAUAUGUAGGAAAGUCAACUUAUGAAGAAACUCAAGACAGAACUGUUCAGUCUUAUUUGCCUGGUAUAAAUAGAAUAAUGCGAUGAGAGACA